UUAACAACUGAAAUUUUGGGCUCAAUUGUGGUUCCAAGUCAAGGAUUGGCUGUAUUAUAUUUUUUUCCCUUUACCCUUGAGAUGAAGUUCAGUCUUCCGCCACUAUUCCUUGCACUGCUCUUAACCUUCACAAACAUAAGAUGAGGACUACCUAUAGUUACACGGGGUGGAUGCGGAGGUCAGCAGGGGAAACCUCUGGAGUGGCUCUCCCAUUAAGCGGAGAGGGGGAGCCUUAAUGUUGUGAGCAUCCCCCGAGCCGCAUCUUCCUUGGCUGUUGUUAAGAAAGUGCAGCCAGAGGGCCCAAAAAGGCACCUGCCUGUGGGCUUGGACUCCGUUUUCUGAAGCAGCUUAUCGCUGCCUUCUCCCGGAGGCUUCCCCGUACCAGUAGCAGAUCUGGCCCUGCUCGGCUUGCUGCCCCUUCAAAAAUAAACAGGCCUCGACCGCCCAGCAUGCCAGAGGCUCGAUUACAUUGGCUGCGUUAGUUGAAUUUUGAAGCUGGGCCUUCCUGUGGUUCUUGGAAGGGCGAGCCUGCGCCUUUAAAAAAUGAUUUAAAAGUAGAAAGAAUAUUUUUUUUAAAGGAUAAAUGUAGAGAGAAAAGGAGAGCAAAGCUCAAAGCUGCUGCUCCCUCCAGUAGCAGUAAAUAAAUAGCUCAUGGUUAUGCUAUUAGAGAAGACCUCCAAGGUCCAUCUCUGCUAUUAUGUUAUUCUGUUAUUCCAGUAUUUUAAAAAAAUCCUGACCUGUCCCAAGUCAAGAAUAUUUUGGAGUCUACCCCAAACCUGCCAGCAAUUGGAGAGGCUGUGGGGGUCCUUGCUGCUCCCUGAGCUUGGUUGUUUUCUUCCGCCUUAAAAACAAAACGCCUCCGUGAUCUCUGGCCUCUUGCAGCAGCCGAUCCCCACACUCCCCCACCACCCCUCCCAAUUAGGCUCUGGAGACGAGAUCCAGGCCCGGCCGCCACCUCCAAUCUUCCCCGGAGCAGCGACCAACUCGCCGCCUUUGCCAACCCCGGCGGCGGAGGAUGCCCGCCGGUGGGCGCUCUCACCGCCCUCGCCAGUGCGCAGGAAUAGCGCCAGCCUUCGCUUGGUGGGGCGGAGCUGCGAAGUUGGCUUUAAACGGAGGAAGCGCGGUCCUUCCGCUUCUCUGAAGGUCGGAGCUGGGAUUUGGGGCGACGUUUGAGCUUUGGCCGUUUGACCCUCGUUGAUUCGUGCUGCGGUUUGUGCGGGUAACUGUCUCGUAGAUUGGGGUCGGGGCAUGCCAAGCUCCCAAGCUCUUUGACACCGGCUGGCAUUCGGUAGUCUGGGCGCCCGCGUUGUAGCCAAUCGCGUUUUAACGUCGGAGUUCAUGUGAAUGCAACCGGUGCUGUGGAUUUAGCUCCCCGGGGGAACCCUGGUUUUACCCUGUGGGUAAAGAGGUUCGAGAGAAGCAAUUUCGGCAAAUCUGUCAGAUCGUUUCGAGGUGGAGAAGGAAAACUAAAGAAUUUAGGAAAGCGAGAAGGCUUUUGCAAAGCUGAAUAAGAGGAUUAUAUCCCCAAAAUGGUAUCUCUCUAUCGCUCCUUACUGGUGCCCACUCGCAUAAUGCUGAAGGCCUCCAACAUUGUGAUGCAGUUGACCUUCUAUGGUGCUGGUUGUAUUGCUGCUCUUUUCUACUUUAUGUGGGUGUUCAAGCUGAUACUAACAAAGGGCCCAAGACGGGUGUUCCGGAAAAUUAAGAGGCUCCCACCAAAGAUCCUCACUGAUUCCUCUUAUGGUGAACACAAGUAUCUGACCCUCAAGUCAGGGAUACGGCUCCACUACGUUACAGCUGGCGAAGAAGGGGCCUGCCUGAUGCUUUUUUUGCAUGGAUUUCCCCAGAGCUGGUUUACAUGGCGCCAUCAACUGAAGGAGUUCAGCCAAGCCUUUAAGGUAGUGGCACUUGAUUUGAAGGGCUAUGGCCUUUCAGAUGCACCACUGGCUUGGGAGUGCUAUCAAAGGGAUAUUAUUCUGGAAGACAUACAAGAUGUCAUCAAAGCCCUGGGCUCCAGUGAAAAAGAUGGGGGUCCCAAGUGCAUCCUGGUAGGUCAUGACUGGGGAGCAGCAAUUGCAUGUGAAUUUGCAGCCAAUUAUCCUAACAUGGUGGAGAAGCUGAUUUUUAUGAAUGGUAUUCCAACACAUGUUCUCUUCGAUUAUGUCCCCAAAAAUCUCUCCCAAAUGAUUAAAUCCAAGUACAUAUUCCUGUUCCAACUACCAAAGAUACCGGAAUGGCUGUGUUCCUUGGAUGACUUCCAUGUAAUAAAAGUGGGCACACCAUGCGAGAAGACAAGAAUCCAGAAUGUUGAUUCACAGCAGAUGAAUUGCAGCCUCACUUUGUAUAAUUUCUCAAGGCCUAACGCCUUGACUCCACCUAUUAACUACUACAGGAAUAUUCUCAGCUGGAUACCACCAAAGCACAAAGAUAUUUUGGUGCCCACUCUGCUGCUCUGGGGCCAGAAGGAUGCAUACAUGGAAGAAGGACUGGUGAAUCAAAUACUGCCCUAUCUCCAAGGCAGCUAUCACAUACAUUUCUUCCCAGACGCGAGCCAUUGGCUACCUGAGGAGCAGCCUGACAAGGUCAAUAAAGUGAUAUGGGAUUUCCUUCAAGGGAAGAAAAGUGAUAAGGAGCUAAAGUAACUGUUCUAUAAAGUAAAGGCAUCUGUACUACUUGGCGUGAAGAAAUAGCAGCCACUUGGCUCUGGAUUUCUGAUCCUUGUUUUGUGUGAGAUGUCUGCAUUGUAUUGGAAUCCAGUCUCAGGUAACGUUUAAUUGGCAUUUCCCCAGAUUCCACUUCCUAUUUUGCACCGCCAUGGAAUUAAAAUACAAUAGAAAAGCAAGUCUCAGCUAUAUUUGUUGACAUGCCUUGCUGUGGCUGAGUCUUGAACUCUUCCUUACUGCCUAAGAUUGAAAGACAAGAAGUUGUUGGCUUGAAUCAUAUUGAAAUCAAAGUUCUCAUGACGAAGUCAGCCUCUUGUUGAACUAUGAACCUGGGAUGUACUAUCAAUUCCUCAUGAAGAAUUUGUUUCACGACCCAUGAAAGACUUGGAAGAAUGACUGUGCUGGCAGAUAUCAUAAAAUUACCUGAGAGCUUAUUUGCAAAAAUAUUGAACACUCCAUUAAUCUAAACAGAGAAAAAGCAAAGACUUUCUGUAGCAGGAAAUGUCAAAUAUACUGUAUGUAUAUAUGAUAAAUUGCGGGAAAGAGACUAUUCAGUAUGUAAAAGGAUGAUGAUGUGUGUAUUUUAGUGUAAUAUAAAUGCUCCCUAUGCAAGAUUUGGGUAAUAUAAUUGUUGCCUGCAAUUGUGAUAAAAGAUUUUUGGGUUGUUGAGAUUUCA